AUGAAAUUAAACGAUCAAAAUAGCCACAGUCAAUUAACUAUCUUUCCCUCAGCUUACAAUACAAACAUGACUGCAGCAUACAAAUACUUAUCAAGGGAGUCAAGUGUAAUGAAAAACGAUAAAUCAAUUUUAAAAUCUCCAUCGUCCAACUAAUUAUAUUGUGCAUCUAAUAGAGGGAGUGACAAGAAAGCGAGAAUUUAAGAUUCUGCUUCUAAAGGGUCAAUACAAUUUAAAAAUACAGCUUAAUUUGGUCGAACCUCAGCUGACUUAAUUUAAGUUCCUCCUAUGAGAAGUCUUAACAGAGAGGACAGAGAAAAACUUAUAGCCACUCUAAUUCAAUAGGUUAAAUAGCAGAAUUAAUUAAUUAUACAAUUGGAAGAUAAAGCCUCGCAGUAAGCUGAACAACUGGAUGAGUUUAAUCUAUAUAAUGAGAAAUAUGAGUAAAAGGAGAAAUGUUAUGGAGAGAUAAUUUAAAAUUAAAAUAAAAUAUUUUAAAGAAGUAAAAUAAUUAAAGAUAUUUAUUAGUCCAAUAGAUAGCAGAGCUCAGGGAAUUGGGCUGUAGAUAAACAAAUGAUCAUUUAGACCUCUUAAAUUAGAUAUACGAGGAUGAGGUUGAUAUGGAUAUGGCGAUUAAAUGGAGAAAUGCCAGAUUAAAAUUUAAUUUUCUGGAUGCAUUAUCUAAAGCUUCCAAAUACUCUAAAAAGUUAAACAAAAUACUACAAAGAAAAUUGAAUCAAAAAUUGAAAGAGUGUUUUAAAGGAUGGAGAUAUUAUAUUCAAAACAAAGCGUUAUUAACUUAGUUUAAUGAAGUAAGAAAUCUAAGAAUUGUAAUUAAUUUCUGGAUGAAAUGGAAACAAUAAAUUUAGGAUAAAAAAGAAUAUUGCAAGAAUCUCAAAACAGCAAUUCAAUUUAACAAUCAGAACCUGAAAAUAAAAUGCUUUGAAAAGUUGAAAUAGAAUUAUCUUAAAUAUAAUUUUAGUCUCAAGGACUUUUAAUAAAUCUCUUAAUCUGCUAUAAAUGAAUUUAAUAGAAUCAAAUUGUUUAAAGUAUUAAUUUGCAUUAUUUUAGGUUUUCAGUUAGUGGAAUCUCUGGAUUAAGAAGGAGAAUUAGAAGUAGUAAAUUAUAUACCAAUACAUUAAUGAUGGACGAACGAAAAUGAUGAAAGGAGUGAUCAGAUUUUUGAAAUAGAAUUGUGAUUUUCAUAAGGAAAGAGCUAAUAAAAUAGUGAAAUAAAGAGAGCAGACGAAAGAAAAAAAACUGUUUAAUUAAAUGAAGCAAAAUUGGAAAUAAAAUAAAUAUAGGGAGAAUUAAAUCAAAUUAAAUAGGAAUUUCUUUAUUAAGUUUAGAAAAUUCAAAUACUGGAUAAGAGAGUAUUAAAAGUUAUCGAGAUUGAAUCAGAUAAGCAUGAAAGUAGUAAAGAAGAGGGAUAAUUAAUUUUUAUAAAGAUGUAUUGAAUUUAUGUGAUUGUAGUAUUCAAUUCUAUGAAGAAUAAUGCUUAAUAUAGGAAGAUGAAGAGAUAAAAUGAAAUACUGUUGAAUAAGAAGUAUGACAAUAGAGUAUUGAAUUGGGCAUUUAUGCAUUGGUUGAGCAAUCUCUUAAAUAAGAAGAAUUUAUUGGUAAAAGUAUAGAAUGUAGUCAUUUUGAAACAAAAGGAUAUUGAUUAUUAGUAAUAAAAUGAUGUAUAGAACUUAAAAUAAAUGUACGAUAGUGUUUAGUAGGAAUUGGGAAAUUAGGAAGAGUAAAUUAAUAAUUAUAAAAUAUUGAUAUCUAAUCAAAAAGAAGUAGAGCGUGAGUUGUAGAUGCAAUAGUAUUUGAAUAAUGAAUAAUUAGUGAUUAUUUGAAAUAGGAGUUGAUGUAAACAAAGGAUCAAUUGGUUCACUAUUAGAUUGAGGGUGAUGAAGUAAGGAUCUUGAAAGAGUAGUAUACAUUAGCUCAACAACAAUUGAAAGAAUUGAGAAUACAAUAAAGAUGUAAUAUUAAAUUUUCAUAUGAUCAAGUGGGAUCUCCAAUUAGAACUUUAUAGAGUAGUGGGAUAAAUGGAGAGUAGGAUCAAUUAAGGAAGUAGGUGGAGAUCAGUUCUACAUUACUGAAUGAUUAAAAAUAGGAAUACAAUUCAUUGCAGAUGGAAUAUUCGAAAGUAGUUGGAGAUUACGAGAAGAAGAUCAAAGAUAUAGAGAAAUACUUUGUGGAUUUAUGUGAAAAAUAGAAAUUGUAGAUCGAGAGAUGUAAUUAAACCAAUAUAUAGUAGUGUUGAAAGAGAAUCAAUCCAUUAAAAUUGAAAAUUAGCAGAAUGUUGUUUCUAGGAAUAAAUUAAUGGAUGAAUUGAAUAUGAUACAUGAGUCAUUUAGAGAGGAGAUUCCACAAUAACAUCGCAAUAAUUUUCAGACUCAAGAUUUUUAUGAAUAAUAGUAGUUUGGGCAGAAUCUAAGAUUAAAGUCAAAUUUAUAUAGUCAGACAUCACCAAUUUCAGUAAAUUAAUAUUCUCAAAAUUCUCCAUAAAAAUAAAUAUAGAUUGAAGAUAGGUAUGCAUAAUGUGUUAUUAUUAUCAAGAAGGAUAAAAGAGGAAGCAUACAAUUUAAGAGAAGAUAUAAAAAGACGAUUGGCUUCUUUAAAGACUCAGAUGGAUUGCUAAUUGUGA